GGUUAGAGCGGAGCAAUGUUGUGUCUGAUGGCCCUGCUGCUGCUGCUCUCCCCGCUGGUCUCCCCGCUGGUCUCCCCGCUGGUCUCCCCGCUGGUCUCCCCGCUGGUCUCUCCGCUGGUCUCCCCGCUGGCCUCCCCCCCCCAGGACUCAGGACGGGUCUGGGAGCUGGAAUGUGAGAACGACUACCUUUACACCAUCAACUGUUCCCUGAGGGCCCCCCCCCCAGGCCAGCAGCCCCCCAACGGAUCCUCCUGGCUCAACUUCUUCAUAAGCUACGACGAGUCAGAAAUGAGGACGGACCGCUGCCCGCUGACGCACACGGAGAACCGCUCCUCCUGCCUCUUCCAGAACCCCGACAGUGAGACCUUUGGGGAAACCCCUUUCAAGAUCUCCCUCUGCCACGAGCCCUGUCCCACAGCGGCGUGUUGUGAGGUGCUGGAGGAGAACUACUACCCCAAGAGGAACAUCACUCCCAUCGCCCCCAGCCAGCUGGCCGUGGUCCUCAAUUCCAGCCGGUUCAUCUUCAGCUGGCUCAGCAGCUACGAGGCGUAUCUGCCCAACUUCUUCCUCCUGGGCCAUCUCCAGUACCAGCUCCGUCUGCAGCGGGAGGACCAGCACCAGGCCCCUGUGACCCUCUCUGGGAUGGGGAGGAGCUUGGCGGUGGACGUGGAGAGUCUGGCUGCGGGGGGGCAGUAUACGGCCCGUGUGCGCAGCAGUCCUGCAGAAGGUACCGACUACUGCGGCAAAUGGAGCCCCUGGUCCCAGGAGAGCCGCUGGAGGACUCCUGGGGGGCCCCCUCGUGGCCCCCCCCAUCGUGGCGGGGGUCGGGACGUGGGGCUGGUCGUCGCCGUGUGUCUGCUGACUCCCGUCCUGCUGCUGGCCUCCGUUACUCUGCUGAGGAUGAGGAAACGCACCUUCAUACCCACACCUGUGCUGCGCUUCUCCCCCCUGACCAAACACCGCCAGAGCUUGGCAGUGCCCCUCCCCCCCGACACGGCGCCGAUGGAGACCGAGUGCGCCGCCCUGAUCUCCGUCCUCCGCGCGCCCGUCGACGUCCCGGUGGACGCGUGGGCGGGGGCCCCGGGGCCCGACGGGAAGGGGGCCCUUGAGAGCGGCCCCGAGGAGGACUCAGGCUGCUGUCACUGCAGCCCCCGCUCCGAGGACGGGGGGGGCUACAGGAACGCCUACUGCACCCUGAGCGACCCCCCUGAACCCCAGGACCCCCCAGACACCCAGGGGGACGUGGAGCGGGGCAGGGGGGGCUACAGGAACGCCUACUGCACCCUGAGCGACCCCCAGGACCCCCCAGGACCCCCCAGGGCUCCAGGUUGGAAUACAGCGACCCAGAAGGCUCCUUCAGGAGAACCACGAGAACCGGGUCUCCUCCUCCCACUAGAGGGUCCUCCUCCUCCUCCCACUAGAGGGUUCUCCUCCUCCCCUAGAGGGUCCUCCUCCUCCUCUUCCUCCCACUAGAGGGUCCUCCUCCUC